CCACUGAGCGGCUCUCAAACUUCAGUGUCGAGCCUGAAAGCGGAGGACGAAGAGCAGGGAGCCGACAGACACGCAGAGUCGCAGCUAAACAGCCUUUUUGGACCCGCAAGAAACAAACGUGAGCGGCCGCUUUGAUACGUGUGUUUGAUGAUCGGGUACUUACGGUCGGUGUGAGGAUUUACUCUCAGCUCUCGGUGUUUGAUUUUGAUCAUUUUCCUCCAUUGUUGGUCGAAGUUUCCGACUGUCACGUCUUAGUUACGGACGUCUCUCUCGGCUGUCUGUGGGAUUAAUCGUUUUAAUUCAACACUAAAUAAUUGGACACUUAGAUACUUUGUGCUGAAGGCUGUUUUUGGAGUGUUUUUCUAACGGAGCGGUGACAGUGAAGGCAACAUUUGGACCUGCCUUCGCCAUGGGGAAAUAGCGGGGGAUCUCUCUGCAGCCGACCCCCGUGUUUUUGACUUUUUAAUGAUCAUUUCUAAAAGACAGAGCUCAGUUUUUGACUAAAACAAUGAGCAUGGAUGGUUGUCCGCUGAAGGUGGUGAUUUUUCUGUGGUGUCUGCUGGUGAUUUCUGGCUCCAGCUUUGAGAUAGGCUCCUACGACCUGGAGCGAGGCAGACCGGCCAAGUGCGAGCCCAUCGUGAUCCCCAUGUGCGAGGGGAUCGGCUACAACCUGACCCGGAUGCCCAACUUCAUGGACCACGACGACCAGAGGGAGGCUGCCAUCAAGCUCAACGAGUUUGCCCCUCUGGUGGCUUAUGGCUGUGAUGUGCACCUCCGCUUCUUCCUCUGCUCCCUCUACGCCCCCAUGUGCACGGACAAAGUGUCGACCUCCAUCCCCGCCUGCAGACCCAUGUGUGAGCAGGCCAGGGAGCGGUGUGCCCCCAUCAUGAAGAAGUUCAGCUACACCUGGCCCGACUCGCUCGACUGCUCCAAGCUGCCCACCAGAAACGACCCCAACGCCCUGUGCAUGGAGGCCCCCGAGAACGAAACCAGGACGGAGGUCAAGAAAGGCGAAGGCAUGCUACCGGUGCCUCCUCGCCCCAGGCAGCCGGGCACCAGCAGCGGCCGCUCUCCGGGCAGCAUGGGCUCCUGCGAGAACCCGGACAAGUUCCAGUUUGUGGAGAAGAGCCAGUCGUGUGCGCCACGCUGCUCCCCCGCCGUGGACGUCUUCUGGUCCAGGCAGGACAAGGACUUUGCCUUUAUUUGGAUGACAGUGUGGUCCAUCCUCUGCUUUAUCUCCACCGCCUUCACCGUCCUCACCUUCCUCCUGGAGCCUCACCGCUUCCAGUACCCGGAGCGCCCCAUCAUCUUCCUCUCCAUGUGCUACAACGUCUACUCCGUGGCCUUCAUCAUCCGCUCUGUAGCUGGGGCUGAGAACAUCGCCUGCGACCGGGAGCACGGAGAGCUGUACAUCAUCCAGGAGGGGCUGGAGUCGACCGGCUGCACCAUCGUCUUCCUCAUCCUCUACUACUUUGGCAUGGCCUCUUCUAUCUGGUGGGUCAUCCUCACCCUCACCUGGUUCCUGGCUGCGGGGAAGAAGUGGGGCCACGAGGCUAUCGAGGCCCACAGCAACUACUUCCACAUGGCUGCGUGGGGCAUCCCUGCUCUGAAGACCAUCAUCAUCCUCACAAUGAGGAAGGUGGCUGGAGACGAACUGACGGGGCUGUGCUAUGUGGGAAGCAUGGACUCGGGGGCACUCACGGGCUUCGUCCUUAUCCCUCUGUCCUGCUACCUGAUCAUCGGCACCUCCUUCAUCCUCACGGGCUUUGUGGCGCUCUUCCACAUCCGCAAAGUGAUGAAGACAGAGGGCACCAACACGGAGAAGCUGGAGAAGCUCAUGGUGAAAAUCGGCAUCUACUCCAUCCUCUACACGGUGCCUGCCACCUGCGUCAUAGUCUGCUACUUCUACGAGAGGCUAAACAUGGACUACUGGAAGCUGAGGGGGGUGCAGAUGAAGUGCGGCUCGUUCAACGGCCUCAGCAGCGACUGCUCCCUGCAGACGUCGGUGCCCACGGUGGCCGUGUUCAUGCUGAAGAUCUUCAUGUCGCUGGUGGUGGGCAUCACCAGUGGCGUGUGGGUGUGGAGCUCUAAGACCCUGCAGACCUGGCAGGGCCUGUGCAGCCGGAAGCUGACAGACAGGACUAGAAGCAGGAAACCCUGCAGCGGCGUCAGCUGUGGCAGCACACACUGCCACUACAAGUCUCCUGCUGUGGUGCUACACAUGGCCAAGACUGACCUGCACUCAGACAACCCCACACAUGUCUGAGAGGGAGCGUGACACACACACACACACACACACACACACACACACACACACUGUCAAUUGCAACUAUAUACACUAACAAAUACACACACACACACACACACACACGCCCUGCGUAAGGAGCUGCUAAAGACUUUGUAAGAAGAUGAGUGGUUGAGUUGAACUGUCAGUCGCUGCUCUGCUGCUGCCGAGGGAAACACAGGUACAGGAGUCACUAUGAGAAACUAUCUAUAAAAACAGUAUUCAGUGCGUUAAGGGAAAUGUUCAGUAUUGUUACCCAUAUUUUUCUGUUUCAUAGUGUUCUGUGCAGUAGACAUGCCCAGUGUUCAAAGCAAAAAAAAAAACUGUAAAGGGAGGUAUCAUGGGAAAUAUCCUCCUCCCUGAAAGUGGCAUGAUUAACUGUAUAAAUCUGUAUAAAUGUUUUAUUUAUUGUAAAUAUAUUUAAUUUAAAGUUAUCA